GAAAAUAUGCAACGCAUCUGCACAGUGUCAAUGUGGCUGGUAGCGAGAGGCGUGGCAUGUAGUACAUGACAAGCGCCAAGAGGAGGACGAGGACGUGGAUGUGGCGAGCAAAUCGAUCAAACUACCAGUGCCAGUUCCACUCGACGCAAUCAGACCGAGGAUAAUGCAAAUAGUCGUAAACAACAGCAAUAACAACCACAAAAACAAUCAACACUUUGAGCACACAAAACCAACGGGCAAUCCCAAGCAACAUGGCGGAUGCGGACGAUAGCAACAGUGGCGAGGGCAGCGGCGGAGGCAGUGGUAGUGCCAGUGGCAGUGGCAGCCGGGAUGACUUGGAGUCACGUCGCGAUUCGCUGCAGCUGCUGACAAAGCUGGACAAGGCUGUCUCCACCAAUGAUGUAUUGCUGGACCUGCAGCGUGCUCUCACCUACGAGGCCGUCUUCAGCAGCCUCGUGGAGCACAAGAUGCAGGCGCUGAAACGUGACUAUGAGGAGCACAAGCGGGCCAAGCGUAAGAAGCGCAAAUCUAUUGGCCGCAUUCUGUUGCCACGAAAGCUCUUUGGCGCCCGUCGACCCAGCAAGGACGAGUCGGAGGAGGAGGACGAGGUAGUGCCGCCAACAAGUAAAUACCUCCGUCAUGCCAAGACUGCCCUGAGCCACUGCGAUGAUAUUGAGGUGGCGUCCGGUUCGCUGCCAGCAUAUCGCCAGCCUGUGGCGAGUGUGGAUCCAGCGCUGGAGGACAGCGUGGCCAGCACGCUGAGCAACUCGUCGGGUCGGCAGGGUGGGCAGACAACGCAUGCCAGGCACAGCCACAGUUUGCUGGUGCAGGCCCAGACUCAUACGCCGGCCCAGCUGCAGGCUCAGCGGGACAGCAGCUCCGACGAGGAUGGUCGCCAGCCCGAGACGAGACAUUCCAUGAGCACAACGACCAACGGCGAACCGGAGCCACACACUCCGGCUGCCUCCUGCUACGACAAUACCUCUCUGGCCACCGCCACAGCCACCGCCACUGCAACCGCCACUGCCACUGUGGUUGGUGGCACACGUGGCCAGCAUAGCUCCACAAUGGCGGACGACAGCCUCACGGCCUCAUUGCGCGGCAGCCUCGAGAGCCUCUCCUACUCCAGCUCUCGCUGCACGGUCAGCUUCGGCGGCGCUGAGAUCAUUGCCCUCGCCCACGGCGAUGCCGACACUCGGGAGCGAGCACGUUUGGCCAAGAGACUGCGAAUCCUGGAGGCCAAGUCUAUUAGCGCACAAUGUAGCCCCAUCUUUCCACGCAGUGUGGCACGUUCGAUACAGCUGCCAAUGCCACAGCAAGCGCGCAUCCACAUGAAUGUUCCCUCCAGCCUGGCCAGACAACAGCCACAUGUGGCGCUGGAAAUCGAAUCGCUGCCUGUGCCACAGACUUAUCCACAGCGCAAGCGUCUGUUACCCAAGCAGAUAUCCUGCACCGAAAGCUACUCGGGAGCGGGCAGCGAUUUCGAUGGUGCAGCUGCCUAUGCGCGAUACUUUUCGAGGCAAAACACCUCCGAGGAUAGUGCCAAUGUGACGGUUAGCACGGUGUUGGCCCAAAGCGAUUCACAGUCGUUGCACGCGCUGCCCAGCUAUGCAAAUACACCUACCGCUUCGGCGGGGAGGGAUCCGGAUAGGGUCAAGUCGCGGAGCACGGGACUGCUCGCCGUUCGACCCACGCCUCCCACGCCAGAGGCGAUAGUAAUUCCUAUGGAGGAGGAGGAUGCGCCGCCGUUGCCUGUCCAGCUGGUGGAGAAGCUUCAUCGCAUGACCUCAACCUCAACGGGUUCCAGUUUGGCGCCCACGGGCUGCUGCACUGCAGCAAAGUCGGCAACAACUCGCGCCAAGGAGAAACAAAUUCAGAGCUUUAAACCAACGCUGCCAAUGCCCGGAUCUAUGGCAGCUCCAAGCACCGGGAGUGAUGAUGAGUACCGACGUCGCAAGCGGAAGUACAAACGGCAUCAUCGCUGUUCAGACCCCGCGCUGGUUUAUCCUACGCCCAACGGACUGCAGCACUGUGUCCAUGUGCUUGGCGUGGCACCCAAUGUCCAACCCAUACAAUGCCCCUAUGCCGAGGACUCGCCCUGCGACCUGCAGUUGGACAUGGACAUGGACACUGAUGCCGAUAAAAUCGACGACCUUGAACACAUGGUGCCUGGCGGCGGUCAUCAGCGACAUCGCAGAAAGCAUCGGCAUCGCCACAAAAAACGUCACCGACAUAAAAAACCCAAGAUUCUUGUACAGGAUUUGGACACAGAAGUGGUUAAGGUGAUCGAUCCACACGAUCUCUCGCAGCGUGCACGCUGGACAAUUAUUGCAACUGCCUGCCUCCUGUUGCUGAUGUGCCUCAUGCUAAUUGGGGUGACACUACGGAUGGCACCCAUUAUUGAUGAUAUGGUACGCCAGGAGAACGAGCGCAGCAUUCGAGAGAAUUUGGAGAGGACGCUGAUGAUGAAGAACAUGACGGAACUGAACCUGCAACGCCAGCAGCAACUACUGAACCAGGCACUGCAACAACACUAGCAGGACAUACAAUGAAAGCCAAUGAAUAUGUAUGCGUGGGAAUGGAGCACAGGAAGAGGAUACGAAGAUGUGGCAGCAACAGUCCUUGUUACGGCUCAUCGAAUAGCCGGAGAACUGCUGAGAACUCUAUGUAAAAUCCCCCACAAAAGAUAUGCGCACAAAAAAACCACUUUGUUAACUACAAUUCAAAUGAAGAAACAGGCACUCUGAAGUGCACAGAGCGGGCAGGAAAAGGACCCUGAAAGAUUUACGAGUAAACUAAGUACAUAAGAAAAGCAAAAUAGAAAAUAUUAUUAAAUAUAUAAAAUAAUAUUGAUAUAAGCACACAACGAGUGUUUAGCAGAUUGUUAGUCAAGUUAUAACAAAACAAACAAAUCAAAAGUGAUCCAGUUUAGGCCUCAGUUGUGGGCAAUAUGUUAUUUAUAAAGUUGGUUUGAUGCAUUGUAAAUGUAUUUAUUGUCUCGUAUGCUAAAUGUAAUUUACUUGUUACGAUCUGUUUCUAAAUCCAGAUCUAGAUCGAGAUCUGUAUGUAGCUGUCGUUGUCGUUGUCAACACGCGCUACUUGCAACAUUUUUGUACAGUAUUCGAAUGAGUACUCAUUCUCAAUUCAAUACACUCACACAAUUGGUAAAUAAAGGUUUCGCCAUUUCAGUCAGUUUGUUCAUUGGUUUCACUUCAUUUUUUCCAUUAUCCGCAUAAUACAAGUCUCAUAGUAUUUUUUCAAAAUUUCCCCUUCACUCCCCCACAUAACUGGUGCGUAGCGCGUUUGGCAGCAAAAAACAUAGUUGGUCAAUAGUUAUGUAUAUCUGAAACAAAGUUGUUAACUGAAAGUAUUCGUAAGUAAACGUUAAAAGAAGAAAAAGUUUUUGCAAGUGUAAGUAAACGG